AUGAAACCCGUGCACACGCCAUCGGCGUCUGACGCCUCGCAGCUGCCGGUGCCCAUCUCCAUCACGAUCUGCGGCGACGGCGGCUGCGGCAAGUCCUCCAUCACCCUGCGCCUGGUCCGGAGCCAGUGGACGAGCGAGUACGACCCGACGAUCGAGGACAGCUACAGCGUGACGCGCCGGAUCGACGGCGUGGUGUACCACCUCAGCCUGACCGACACGGCCGGCCAGGAGGAGUACCGCGGCAUGUGGGCGACGUCGAACCUGGGCGCCGACGCCUUCCUGCUCGUCUACGACAUCACGUCGCGCGCCUCGCUCGACGCGCUCGACUACUUCAACGAGCUGAUCGACAUGGAGGCCGAGACGCGGCUCGACAACGCGGCCCGCGCCCGCCGCGCCGGCCUGACCGGCCUGCACAUGUCGCCGACGCUGCCGGACCUGGGCGACGCCCCGCACCACCACCACCUGCUGCACAACCGGCUGGCGGCGGGCGGCGCCGGCUCCGGCGCCAAGACGGUGCCGCCGGUCAAGAUCGUGGCCGGCAACAAGUGCGACCUGCAGGACAGCCGGCAGGUGCCCGCGGCCGUGGGGCUCGAGUGGGCGCGCCGGCGCGGCUGCGGCUUCAUGGAGACGAGCGCGCGGCUCGAGGUCAACAUCGAGGAGACGUUCGCGCUACUGGUGCGCCGCGUCGUCGAGGCCCGCCGCCUGGCCGCCUCGGGCGCCGCCGACGCCGAGCUGGCCGCCAGCAGCAGGGGCAUGACCAAGCCGCUGACGCCGCUGCCGCCCGCCGGGGAGGACGAGGGGGACGAGAAGCGGGCUGGUGGUGGGGCCGGUGGUCAGGGCAGGGCGAUGGGCACGCGCGGCCCGAAUAUCAAGGGCGAUCGCGUCGGUCGGGGGAAUGGGGGGUUCUGGAGGAAGCUGCGCUGCUGGUAG